UCUCCAACCCUAGAAAAAACCAGCAGUCUCUCGGCUACUUUCCGAGUAUUUUGUGACGUUUUCAGUCCGAGUGCGCGUCUCUGCUGUAGAUGCUUCAACCUGCGAUCAAUCCAUUGCUUCAAGCCGAUCAGAAGUCCGAGAAGGCGAGAGCGAUUCGAAUUCGCAUUCGCUGCCAUUGAUUCAAUCGCGACGUCGUCCCUCCUUCCCACAUCGAGUUCCCAAUCCGCUGCGACCUUCUUCAUGAAGCUGCCUCUUCUCCGAAGAUGAGUGGCCGGAUAGGAGGAGGAAGGGAGAGGCCUCGGAGACUUGAGGAUAGGAACUUCUCGGGGCAGAGCAGUGCGCCUCCGUCUAGACAUCUGUGGGUCGGGAAUUUAUCUCAUUCCAUUUCUGAAGACGAUCUCGUCCGUCCAUUUCUGCGGUUUGGAGAGCUUGAGAGUGUUGCUUUUCAACUGGGACGUAGCUAUGCUUUCAUUAACUUCAAAAUAGACGAGGGAGCAAUUGCUGCCCUGAAAGCGCUCCAAGGCCUUCCUCUCGCUGGCAGUCCACUUAGAAUUGAGUUUGCAAAGGAUAAGUCCUCUGCCCCGUCACACAAUGACGAGUAUUUUGAACAUUAUAGUGAACAACGCCCUUCAUCGAGGGAAUCUCCUCUCUUGCAAAAGGACUCUAGGGUUCGGCAUUCUAGUCCUGAUCCAUUUCAUCCCGAUAGACCCAAGAUGAACGAUAAAGCUGCAGAACCAAGCGAGGUUUUAUGGAUAGGAUUUCCAGCUUCACUGAAGGUGGAUGAGACAAUAUUAAGAAAGGCCUUCUCGCCAUUUGGUGAGAUUGAGAAGAUCACCACGUUUCCAGGGCGCACUUAUGCCUUUGUUCGGUUUAUAAAUUUAAUAUCUGCUUGCAGGGCAAAAGAGACUCUCCAAGGAAAGUUAUUCGGAAAUCCCCGUGUGCAUAUAUGUUUUGCGAAGAAUGAAUCAGGUUCAUCCAGUGCUGGAAGGAGCUCGAUAAGUGGUCCUCUCUCUCCCCGUUACCAAUCCAAUGGUCGCCGUGGAUCUUCGGAGAGCUUUUGGCACGAUAUGGACAAUGGUAGCUUAACUGGAAAUCCUAGUGUCAGGUCUCCUCAUACUUUGACAGACAUGGAUUCCGAAGGUCAUGAUGGUUAUGAAUUCAGUAGGAAGGGUAAUAUGAGGGGGAGUGGUUUUAGUUCCCUGGAGCACAGAAGAUUUGGAGAAGAGGAGUCUGAAUUGAGGCCAUCACGUAGUGUGUAUGAAUUCCGUGGCAGUCCAAAGAGAGAUUGGGAUGCUCACCUUUCCUAUCCUACUCAAGGAUUUUCUCAAAGAGGUACAUUUUAUGAAGAUCAAUGGGACUUAACGGAGGAAGUCGACAUCCUUCAUGGGCCAAAGAGGAUGAAGAGUAAUGCUUAUCCUCUUGACAAUGAGCUACCAGAGUUUCAACUCUCUGAUUUAAGACGUGAGAAUCAAGCUUUUCCUCAUGUGUCAUCUGACUCUGUUCGAUCUGAUCCCUUUGGCAUUGAGUACGAGCAGAUGGUCAGAAGGAGCGACCAUCCAAGAGCCUCUUACGGAAAUAUCCAGAUAGGUUCUGGUUCACUGCCAACAGUUAAUGUUGAGAGGAAAAGAAUUGCUCCAGAGAUUAAACAGUCUUCAGUAAAAGAGUGGAAAUGGGAAGGUACCAUAGCAAAGGGAGGAUCUCCUGUGUGUCGUGCUCGAUGCUUUCCCGUGGGAAAAGUGCUUGACAUCUUGCUGCCUAAGUUCUUGGAUUGCACUGCUAGGACUGGUCUUGAGAUGCUGGCAAAGCAUUAUUACCAAGCAUCCGCAUCUUGGGUUGUCUUUUUUGUCCCUGGAACUGAUGCUGAUAUUGGGUUCUAUAAUGAGUUUAUGCAUUAUCUGGAGGAGAAGCAGCGAGCAGCUGUUGCUAAGUUAGAUGAAAGAAACACUUUGUUUCUCGUGCCUCCAUCUGACUUCUCAGAAAAGGUACUAAAAGUACCUGGAAAAUUAAGCAUAUCUGGUGUUGUACUGAGAUUGGAACAAACUGGUUCCAAAUUUGGCGAUGUUUACCACCCAGAUGAGAUCGAUUCUUUAUAUCCAAAGCCAUCAACACCUUCAGGGACACAAUUUCUAGAAACAAGUAAACUGGGGCCUGGAAAUCGAUAUUUUGCAGUUGAUGCAGCUCCUGCUCCAUUUUCAAUACCACUGAAUGCUGGAACUAGUAAAUAUGUUUCUCACGGUGAGGACAUGGAUGAAUAUCUGCCCCAGCAACAAAACCUUCUGCAGUCAAACUCGCACUAUCUGGCAACCUCAUCAGGCACAAGAAGUGCACAAUCACAACUUCCGAGCAGCACAUUUGAUUCUAUACCAAGGAUGGUGCAAUUGCGUGCAAACUCUGGACUUCCUUUAUCUGGUAAUAACAAUAUGCCUGUUCAGGAUAGGGAAGCUCUGGUUCAAUCAUCAACACCUCUUCCGUGCCUACAACCAGAACAAAUUUCUCAGUUGGCAUCUCUUCUUGGACAACAGAGGCAUUCUGGAAGCAUUCCAAAUAUUUCCAGAGGAAAGUCAGAUGGUUAUGCUUCCCAGGAUGUGAAGGUGACUUCUUCUGAGCUUCCAGUGUCUCAUUUUGGUGAAGUCCAGCCGUUCCACCAGCAGCAGCAUCCGGAGCAUCUAUUAAACCUAUCUGCUGCCUCGAAAGAGCUUCAUGCUGGAGCUCAGGGGAGUCAACAGAUGUCUAGUACCGGCUCGCAAGAAGCUGAAGCAGAUCCCCAGAAACGUCUCCAAGCAACGCUGCAGCUUGCAGCUGCUCUUCUUCAGCAGAUCCAACAAGGCAACAAAGGUUCUUAGAUAGGCAAACAUAUGUCUAGGUGGCUUAAAUGGUGUUCAGCUAAGGACAUGGAAGGGGUGAUGAAACGGUAUGCGUAGCAAUAAUGCAGGAAAUAUCAUCACUAAGUAUAGGUUUCCCCUGGAUAGAAUUGUCAUUCUGCUGUAACUUCCUGCGGUGAUGAUUAUGUGCUCUCUUUUUCGCUUGACUGACAAGGUGUUGGUUUAGUAAGUUAUAAAUUUGUUCA